GGAAGAUGGACGUACAAAGUGGUCCCUAUUGAUUACUUCACCUCUCCUAGAGUGCGUUCGUAACCUGAGCUGCAAGUUUCAAUAAGAGGUUACUUUGUGUUGCGGAAUAACAGAAGAAAGCUAUAUUAAUGUACGGGUUUGUAAACUACGCCAUCGAGCUGCUGGUGGUGCGCAACUUCGGCCAGGAGACAUGGGAAACCAUCAAGCGGGAGGCGAGCUACGAGAUGGAAGGAUCGUUCCUGAUCCGCGUGAUCUACGCCGACAGCAUCUCCUACAACAUCGUCGGCGCAGCGUCUAGAGUGCUCGGUGUUCCAGCGAACGUCAUCCUGGAGAUGUUCGGUAAAUGUUUCUUCGAGUUCUGCCAGGAGUCAGGCUACGAUAAGAUCCUGCAGGUUCUGGGGGCCACCGUUCGCGAUUUCCUGCAGAACCUGGACGCGCUACACGACCACCUCGCUCUCAUGUACCCCGGCAUGAAGGCGCCGAGCUUCCGCUGCACGGACAGGGAGGAGGACGGCGCGCUGGUGCUGCACUAUUACUCCAACCGCCCGGGGCUCGAGUACAUUGUUAUUGGCAUCGUCAAGGCGGUAGCAGCGUCUCUGCACGGUGCAGAGGUCGAGGUUGAGAUCCUCAAGACUAAGGAGGAAGCUGACCACGUGCAGUUCCUGAUCAGGGAGAAGGGCGGCAACAAGACGGGUGUAAGGCCGCAGGAAUUGACAACAAUGGAUAUAAUGCCUUCAGAACCGAAGAUCUCGCCACGCACCUUCUGCCAAGUGUGUCCCUUCCACCUGAUUUUCGACCGCGACCUGCAGGUGGUGCAAGCCGGGGUGUCCAUUGCGCGUAUCUUGCCUGGACUUAUGGGCAGAGGUCUCUCCAUCAACGAACUCUUCGACGUGGUGCGGCCGCCCAUGGAGUUGACUUUCGACCACAUCAUCUCACACAUCAACACCAUAUACGUGCUGCGCACCAAGCCUGGCCUCAUCCAGCUCAGGGAUGAAGGAGGGGAAAGUGGACCGGAACAGGGACUGCUCAGGCUUAAGGGCCAAAUGAUCCACAUUCCUGAAAACGACCUGAUGAUGUUCAUUUGCUCGCCAUCAGUCGUAAACUUGGAUGAUUUGUACCGUCUGGGUUUGUAUCUCUCGGACAUACCCCUGCAUGACGCUACCAGAGAUCUGGUGCUACUCAAUGAACAGUUCGAGGCAGAGUACAACCUAACUACCAAGCUUGAACUGCUCACUGAUAAACUUCAGCAAACCUAUCGACAACUGGACAGCGAGAAGCAGAAAACUGACAGGUUGUUGUACUCCGUACUGCCCCUGAGCGUGGCCAAUGAGUUGCGCCAUAAAAGGCCCGUGCCUCCCAAACGUUAUCCUGUGGUGACGUUACUCUUCUCAGGCGUGGUGGGUUUCUCCGACUACUGCCAGCGACAUUCAGACUUGGCGGGCGCGUCGCUCAUCGUCAAGAUGUUGAACGACAUCUACACCGCCUUCGAUAUCCUCACCGACCCCAGCCGCAACCCCAACGUCUAUAAGGUGGAGACGGUGGGCGACAAGUACAUGGCCGUUAGCGGCCUGCCUGAGCCCUGCGAGUUCCACGCGCGCUGCAUCGGCCGCCUGGCGCUCGACAUGAUGGACCUGGCCGCCUCAGUGAUGGUGGACGGCGAGCCUGUGCGCAUCACCGUAGGCAUUCACUCCGGCGAAGUGGUGACCGGGGUUAUAGGCCAGCGCAUGCCGCGCUACUGCCUCUUCGGUAACACAGUCAACCUCACCAGCCGAACUGAGACCACCGGCGAGAAGGGCAGAGUCAACGUGUCCGAUGACGCCUACAGGCAUUUCCAAAUGGACGUCAACUACGACCCUGAAUUCGAGUUCACCUCUCGAGGGGAAGUCGUCAUGAAAGGCGCGAAGAAGCCUAUGCAAGUUUGGUUCUUGAGCCGAAAAACUGAUCAAGAUUGAAUCUAACCUAACAUAAAAUAUGACAUACCUCCACAUCACGUAAGGCAUGUUUAUAUACUCAGCCGAAAAACUGAUCAAGAUUGAACCUAAUCUAACUUAACUUAACCUUAACUAUGAAAUUCCUCACAUCAUGCAAGACAUGUUUAUUUCUCGAGCCGAAAAACUGGUCAAGAUUGAACCUAACCUAACUUAACCUAACCUAUCCUAACCUAACCUAAUCUACGACAUUCCUCCGCAUCAUGUAAGACAUAUGAACAUUUCAUGAAUAGGAAAACUGAUCAAGUUAGAACGUAAACUUUGGAUAAACUUCACUGAAUGUUAGACACUUUCAUUUUCUAAACUGAAAACUAAUCAAAAUUGAAUGUAAACUUUGAAAAACUUUCAUCUCAGUUUAGGCAUGCUUAUCGCUAAGCUGUACCGCUGAGUAUAGGGCAAGUUUAACGCCUCAAUAUGUAGCAAAUUUCAGCCUAAGAUAAUGAACUUUUCAGAACAUUCGAUGCCAUUUAGGCACAGAAUAUUCGACGCUAUUUAUGGAAAGAAUGUUAGAUGCUUUUUAUGCAGAGAAAAUUUAAAGGUAUUUAUACUCAAUGUAUUCGAUGCUAUUAAUUCACAGAGAAUUCAAUGCGCCUUAUACUCAGAAUAUCCGAUGCUAUUAAUGCACAAAAUGUUCUUUGCAAUGUAUUUUCAUGAUAUUCGAUCCUGAUUAUGUUCAAGUAUCGACUGAAUUUAUUAAAUAUUAAUAAUAUCUGUCUCUUUCAGUAAAUGUUCAAGCUCGAUAAAAUGUAUAAAGGUAACAAUUUUAUUGGAAGGUAUAAAUUUAAUGUGAAAGUGUGCAUUAGAUCAGUGCAAAUUACUAUUAAGCCUCACUCAUGUUGAAUAAAUAUCCUGAUAUAGGUCAUCAGCCUUAUUAGGAACGUCUAAUGUUGAUUGUUAGAUGUAAUAAAAUGCUGAUUAAAUCGAGGCAUUAAAGUUUCUUUGGAACUCCGUACGACUUGCAUGCACCUCCUAAUUGUAUUAAACAAAACAAUAUGAUAGUUCAAUAUAGGAUAAAGUAACACAUGAUACUUUGAAAAAUAGCAUCAUUCCCACUAUAUUUAUAAAUGUUUCAUAUUUUAUGUUAAUGUCUUAAUAUUAGCAAAACAUUUCAGACCGAAGAACAAGUACCAUGCAGUAAAUAAGACGACACAUGAUCGAGUAGACCUGUAAUCACUUCGUUGAUAAGCUAAAGUUUAUUUUUUUGAAAAGUUACAUAUUUUGCAUUUUUAAACUUGCCUUGGUUGAAGCUUUAGGUCGGCGUUGAGUUCAGACAGCGAGUCAGUAUUUUCCAUGGGUAUGAAAUUUUAUUGAAAACUUUUUUAUUUUUUUAAGUACCAGUAAAGAAGAUGACACAUUAUCGAGUAGAUCUGUAAUCACCUCCUUGAUAUUAUAUUGCAAAUUUUUUUUUUAUUUUUUUAUGUACCAGUAAAUAAGAGGACACAUGAUCGAGUAGAUCUGUAGUCACUUCGUUGAUAUUAUAUUGCAAAUUUUUUUUAUUUUUUUUAAGUACCAGUAAAGAAGAUGACACAUGAUCGAGUAGAUCUGUAAUCCCUUCGUUGCUAAAUUAAAUUUUUGUUUUAAGUUACAAAUUUCAAAUUUCUAAAGUUGCCUUGGUUGAAGCUUUAGGUCGACGUUGAGUUGUGACCGCGUGUCAAUAUUUUCCAUGGGCACGAAAUUUUAUUGCCGUGACCGAAUUGCCGUUGAACGCGCGCCAUGCGACACGCCUAGCAUCAACUGAUGCCACAUUUUGCAUCGGUAGAAAGUCGUAGUUUUGAUUUCACUUUCUUAUGAAGAUCAAAUGAAAAGUGAAAUCACACGUUUUCGUCAUUUUUAGGUCCACCAACUCGAAGAAAUUCAGAAGAUUCAACUCAGAAUAUUUUGAGUCGGAAUGGAAACAUAGAAACGAUGAGGUAAAACUAGUUUAAUUAUUUCAGACAUGAACGGCCUAUGAACAAAAAAACUCUAUUUUUUUUAUUUUCGCAUCCAUGCGAAAUGGGGCUGGAAAAUAUUUUAUUUUUAUUAAACCCGGUUAAAACAACGUAGCUAAAUGAAUGAAACUUUGAGCUCGUGAAGAUAGAAAUGCAGUUCAUGAAAUUCGUGGAGCGAUUUGCACGAAGGUGUACUACAAAAAUGAUCAUUAUUCUUUCGUACUGUAACGAAUAUUUAUAAUGCAAAUAUUUUAACUCACGAUAGUCACUCAAAAGUACAGUAGAAUGCACGGUAUCGUAUAAAUGAGCUACAUCCCCAUUCAGCAUGAAUUAAACGGCGUGAAGUUGUCAGUCACACGUACAUAAAUGAAUAUGUUUUAGCUAAGACAUGUCGCAUGAAAUGAAGAUAGAAGUGUAAGUAAAAUGUAUGAACAGUUUCUGAUGCACUUAACCUUCGUCCGCUUUAUUUCUCGAGCAAGUUUUAUCAAUGUAUUUUUUAAAAUAUAUAAAUGAAUCACAUUAUAA